UUGCAGUUGAAAAUACUGAGGAUCGGAGGCUGUGUCCGUUGAUCUUUUUGGGGUAAAUUGACGAUGUAACCCGUGUCUGUGAUGAUACGAAGAUAGUUUGAAUGAGACACCCGCUUCAUUUGGUGCCCACAGAUCUCACGAAGGUCUUAUGAGCUCCUCGCCGCCUCAUUUCCGAGUCGGGCUGCUCAGUGUUGUCGAGGUAGAGUCCGUUUCACUGCAUCAACAUGGGUGUGAUCGGUGUGCAGCUGGUGGUUACCAUGGUAAUGGCCAGUGUAAUUCAAAAAAUAAUACCUCAUUAUUCCUUCGCAAGAUGGCUUCUCUGCAGUGGCAGUCUGCGGUGGUAUCAGCACCCCACGGAAGAUGAGCUGAGGAGCUUAGCGGGGAAACAAAAAGGACAGAAGAGGAAAGACAGGAAGUACAAUGGUCACAUUGACAAUAAGCCACUAACAGUUCCAAAGGACAUAGACUUACAGCUGGAGACGAAAUGCAUCACAGAAGUCGACACAUUAGCAUUGCACUACUUCCCAGAGUUCCAGUGGCUGGUGGAUUUCACAGUAGCGGCAACUGUGGUCUAUCUGAUAACAGAACUCUACUACAGCGUGGCUCAGCCCUCAGGAGAGAUGAACAUCAGUGUGGUCUGGUGCCUGCUCGUACUUGCCUUUGUCAUUAAGACUCUUUUCUCUCUAACGGCCCACUACUUCAAGCUCGAGGAAGGUGGCGAGCGCUCACUCUGUAUUACUUUUGGUUUUUUCUUUUUUGUCAAAGCCAUGGCCAUUCUCAUCGUCACUGAAAACUACCUGGAGUUUGGUCUUGAGACCGGUUUUGCAAACUUCUCUGACAGCGCUCUACAGUUUCUGGAGAACCAGGGUUUAGAGUCCCAGGGUCCUAUAUCUAAACUCACCUUCAAGCUGAUCCUAGCUCUGCUCUGCUCCUUGAUUGGAGCAUUUCUAACUUUCCCUGGUCUACGAUUGGCCCAGAUGCACCUCGAUGCACUCAAUCUCACCACAGCCAAACUUACACAGAUUCUGCUUCAUAUCAACUUCCUGUCCCCUCUCAUCAUGGUCCUGCUGUGGGUGAAGCCCAUAACAAAGGACUACCUAAUGAACCCCAAUCUGGGAAAGGAGAAUGUGCCUUUGAUGACUGAGCAGACAUAUGAUACGCUGCGGUUAUGGGCCAUCCUACUGAUGUGUCUGCUCCGGCUCGCCAUGAUGAGACAUCAUUUGCAGGCCUACCUCAACCUGGCCCAGAAGGGUGUGGACCAGAUGAAGAAGGAGGCGGGUCGCAUAAGUACUGUUGACCUGCAGAAGAUGGUUGCGCGUAUUUUUUACUACUUGUGUGUAAUCGCACUACAGUAUGUGGCACCACUGGUGAUACUGCUGCAUACCACUUUGCUGCUAAAAACCUUAGGUGGACACUCCUGGUGGGUCUCUUUUGAAGAAGACCUGCCUUGCACCUACGACAUGAACUCUGACUCGGUGAUGGGGGAGGCAUCAGCAGCCGCCCCAACACCAGCUUCAGUGGUAGAAACAGGAGCCCGGGCGUCAGUAGCCCAGCUGUCGGUGGCUCUGGGAGGCCUGCGGACUGUUUUCAGCCCCUCGCUUUUCCGGGGCCUCUUCUCCUUCUUUACUUGGUGGAUUGCCGCCUGCCUCUUCUCCACCUCCCUCUUCGGUCUCUUCUACCAUCAGUAUCUCAUGGCGGCAUAGCACCAGGAACCCAGCAGUGGCAGCCGGAUCCCGCAGUGCUGCUGUACGUUCAGCCUGAUCAGAAAGGACUGAUUGGGGGCAGCAGAGGCCAAUUGAUGACUCUACUCGUCAACCUCCUCCCUCCUCCCUCCCUCCCUCCCUCCCUCCCUCCCUUUGACCACCUCUCAAUGACCAUAUUAUCAGAGCUCCUGGUUCAACUUCCAGUGCUUCCUUCACAGAUGACUCUAUGAACUCGUCGUUGUUUUUAAUACUACAAUUACAGUGUUUCAUUUGAAGGGCAAGAUUUAUAAAUUUUAAUAACAGACGGACUAAAGGUACGAGUUGAACGAAUAUUAUUCCGUGUCAGUGGUGUAUUAGUACUGUCAAGAGAUACUGAUCCAUUUUGUGUAUGAAAUUUGAAUGAUAUGAGGUGUUAUACUUUUAUCUCAGAUGCCAAUUACAAUCCAUUACUGAUCCAUCGACACUUUGUCUUUUACUUUAGAAAGCCCCACUCUUACAGUUUCAUGCAUGACAGUAACAGUUCGAUUUCAGCCUGUUGUCCCCUUGUAAAUUUAACCGGCAAUGACUUAUAUCACAGACAUAUCCAGGAAAAGCUGGAGUUACUCUGCUUGACUGGAUAAAUGCUGUAAGGUUUAAGUUUUAUUGGCUGGCGGUUAUGCGCACCACCUUGACAUUAAGAGUCAUGGAACCACCUAUAAACCAGUCUGUAUCACAGCCCAUCAGAGUGCUAGCUUCCCUCAGUGAAAACAUUGUGGCGACGUGUGGCUCACGGAAUAUCAUAGAAUCUGGAGAGGUUUGUGGAGGCUGGUCUGUUCUUAUUCGCCUAAAAUCAUCCUCAAUUAUAUGUUUUCCUUACGUUUUUUUUAGGGGAAACUGAUAACUACCAUUCUGGGGCCUCUUGUCUGUCCUUUGAAAAAAAUUAAAAAAAAAAAUUGUGUUGAAAUUCAGAUGUCAAAAUUCCAUUGCCACGGACCACAAAGUAAUCUGAAAGAGUCUUAAGAGUUUUGCCGGUGCGUUUGUGUUUGUAGUCAGAGGAGGGAGGGGGUUGGAUGGGACGAGCUGUCACCGGACCAGGGUCUUUGAGUGUGGACAACUGAAGAAGAGUUACACAAGAUGUUGAACUCCAGGGUACACAUCUCAUUGACUUGAAUCUAAUGUUUUUUUGAAAUGUGUCUAAUUGAAGUUGCCAUCAAGAACAAACUUAGUUGUUCUUGUUUUUUUUUAAUGAUAGAUUUGUGAUGUUUUUAAUUUUGCAGUGUGACCAUCCUGGUUUUAACUGAGCCGUUUUGAAGCUGUGAGAGAAUCUGAGGUUGUUCUUCUGACAGGCAACAUGUAGCGUCUGCAUCUGUCGGAUCUCUGCCUCAGCUCUAAUCUCAAAGGGCAUUGCGAUCUAGAAGAAAGGAUGUCAACUCCUGUUGAUAAGCUACCGCCUUUGUUCUCAUUUCCUGUUUUAUUUUUACUUAAACCCAUCCAUUGCUUUUAAACUCUUUUGAGAAAAAUCAUUUUUUAGUUGUUAUUCUAUUUCUAACUGAUCAAAUUGUGGAUUUGUAUAAGUUUUGAUUCUAAAAUGGUGCCAAGUAUGUUGGUCCCCCCCUUUCCCAAUGUGGUGUCUGCAGGUGUGUGCUGGUGUCUAGAGAACCAACUUGAUACAGAGAGAAUCACUAGUUCUGGUUAAAUGAAAACACAGUGUCUUUACACGCUGUAGAUAGAGGGUACAGGUGUAAGCUCAUGCAGUCACUGUGCAGACGCUGCACUGGGCCGUUGUGAUUGUCCGGUCUAUUCAGGAAUGUAGGGUACGUGUUCUCAGAUUAAUAACAUAUGCUUGGUUCUCUGGCAAAUUUAAUUUCAUUGUUACAGUCAUCAUAGAGCUGCAGUUCACACAUUCCAGCUCUAUGCAUUGCGUACUGAACACGGUUUAUGAAGCAGAGCAGCACCAUAUCACACUUUUAAGCUCCUGAUGCCGAAAGUCUUAGCCUCAGUUUGUCUGUUUGAUACCAUAGGGAAUAUGCACAUAAUGAAUGUAUCAAUCUUGCCUAAUUUCUAGAUUGUUUUGAUGAAAACUGAUUUGUAUGUUGAGUUGAUUUAACAGCCCAUCCCCCCCCCCCCUUACCUGCACUUCCUUCCCUCUCCACCGUACCCUUUCAUAAUUCUACCUUUUAAACUAAAUCUAAUUUAUCCUAAUGACUUUUUAUUGGUUGAUUUUUCCUUUUUGUAUUUAUUUCACAUGUCGAGGCCUGUAAACAUUUCUAAUUUUAACAAUAUUCACUUUAUUUUGUUAAUAGAGUGCAUGAUGGAUUAAAUCAGUUUUGAAAAUGUGGUUGACAAAUCGGUUACAGAUUUUUUCUAAUGUCUGGUCGGGUAAGAAGAACCUGGAGAAACUCUCAGAAUUCGUUGGCCUGAUGAGGCGUUUCUUCAGUUUGUUACCACUGAAAGUGUUUGUUAUUCACUCUUGGGUUCUUAGAGUACAUCACACAUGUUGUUGUUCAUCCGUGUAUUUAUUUCUGCUUUAGAUUUUGUCUUAAAUAAAUUAUGUUCUUUACAACGUC